AUGUCUUCCAAGUCGAAAAUGGAUACUGGCUGGACCUCCCCCGAUACUCGAAUCUACUAUGCGAAGAAAUACAGACAGGUUCUCUCAUCUGCUCCCGCCGUGGCGUUGGCGGUUGUCGCGGGGGCUCCCUUUGAAAACCUCAAAGUUCGCAUGCAAUCACACUAUUUCCCCAAUGCCUGGCAAGCUACCAAAUACACCUUUCGCACCGAAGGACUUCGCGGUUUCUGGACCGGCACUCUCCCUCCGCUGUUUUCCAUCACCUUUUCCCGCGCGCUCGGAUUCUCCAUCUACCGGAAAGCCAAGUACGCCAUCGAUGGUUGUAUCGAGAAAGCCACGGGGUCAUCACCUCUUCAGCACGUCAAUAAGCCGGGCACGUAUCCGAACAUCUACACUCUGGCCUGCUUCACCGGAGCUGGAAUGAUUUCAGGUGGUGCCACUGCUGUUGUCCUGACUCCCAUCGAACUCGUCAAAAACGCCACGCAGACCUCGGUGCUCAUGGCAUCUCAGGGAAAACCUCCAGCGGCUCAGACUCCUGGUGUUAAGAACGUCGGACGAGUCAGUUCCUGGGCGUCAGCGAAGCUGAUCAUUCAACGACGAGGUCUUUUGGGCUUGUGGACCGGUUUCCGCCUUCACAUGCUUCGCGACUUGGUCGGCAGCGGCAUCUACUUUGGUGUCUACGAGACGACCAAACAAACCUUGAACUCUUACUACGGCGCUGAAAAGGCAAACUCUCUAGGAGCCAUUGCAGCUGCAGGUGCUGUGUGUGGCAUCGGUGCUUGGGUCGUGACAUAUCCACUCGACACCAUGAAGACACGGGUGCAAAACAACCUCGUCGGGGCUGCUCGUCCUGUUGCGUCAUCCCCUUCCUCCCCGUCGCCAUCGAUCAAGUCGGCUCUGGACGCUGCUACAACCUCGGUCUCGCGCGUGUCCAAGUGGAAAGGAAUCGAAAUGAUUAUCUUGCGCUCGGUGAUCCAGAACAUGAUCCAAAUGACCUUCUUCGAGCAAGGUAAGGUGGUCAUUGACAACCUCACCUUUUCCGACGGUAGCCGAACCUUGCCGGAAGUCGAGCGCCAUUUCGGCCGCGACUCCAGAAUCAAUAAGAAUGAAAAGUUGUGA